GAAAAUAAUACAAUAAUUGCAUAAAGAAAGAGUCAGCAGCACAUGGAGAGAAGAAUGAAGGGUGGUGUCUCCCCUCGUCUCCUCUUCCACUCUUUAAAAACGAAACAAAACAAAGUCAUCGUCUUCCUUCCUUCCUCAGAUUGAGAGAAAAAUGGAGAAAACAAAUCCAAGACGACCUUCAAGCAGCGUCCUCCCCUACGAAACACCGAGACUACGCGAUCACUACCUCCUCGGCAAAAAGCUAGGCCAGGGCCAAUUCGGCACCACCUAUCUCUGCACAGAGAAAUCCUCCUCCGCCAACUACGCCUGCAAAUCGAUCCCCAAGCGCAAGCUCGUGUGCCGCGAGGAUUACGAGGAUGUGUGGAGAGAGAUUCAGAUCAUGCACCAUCUCUCCGAGCACCCCAACGUUGUCCGGAUCAAGGGGACUUACGAGGACUCCGUGUUUGUUCACAUUGUCAUGGAGGUUUGUGAAGGCGGGGAGCUUUUCGAUCGGAUUGUUUCCAAAGGGCAUUUCAGCGAGCGGGAGGCUGCUAAGCUGAUUAAGACGAUUCUUGGCGUUGUCGAGGCGUGUCAUUCGCUGGGUGUUAUGCAUAGAGAUCUCAAGCCUGAGAAUUUCUUGUUUGAUAGCCCUAAUGAUGAUGCUAAGCUUAAGGCUACGGACUUUGGUUUGUCUGUCUUCUACAAGCCAGGGCAGUAUCUGUAUGAUGUAGUGGGAAGUCCGUACUACGUUGCUCCCGAGGUUCUCAAAAAAUGUUAUGGACCAGAGAUAGACGUGUGGAGCGCUGGUGUUAUCCUUUACAUCUUACUAAGUGGUGUUCCUCCUUUCUGGGCAGGUAAGUUUAUAAAAAAGACAGUACUUUUGUUAUUACAUUGCUUGUGUGAUUUAUGCUUCUUUGUUCUCAUUUGCUUUGCAGAAACUGAGUCAGGAAUCUUUAGACAGAUUUUGCAAGGGAAGCUAGAUUUCAAAUCUGACCCGUGGCCCACUAUCUCAGAAGGUGCCAAAGAUUUGAUUUACAAAAUGCUUGAUAGGAGCCCCAAGAAACGCAUUUCUGCACAUGAAGCAUUGUGCCACCCGUGGAUCGUUGAUGAGCAGGCAGCACCAGACAAGCCUCUUGAUCCAGCAGUCUUGUCUCGACUAAAGCAGUUCUCACAGAUGAACAAGAUUAAGAAAAUGGCCUUGCGGGUAAUCGCUGAGAGACUCUCGGAGGAAGAGAUUGGUGGUCUGAAGGAAUUGUUCAAGAUGAUAGAUACAGACAACAGUGGAACAAUCACCUUUGAGGAGCUUAAAGCUGGUCUGAAGAGAGUCGGAUCUGAACUAAUGGAAUCAGAAAUCAAGUCUCUUAUGGAUGCGGCGGAUAUAGAUAACAGUGGGACGAUAGACUAUGGUGAGUUUCUAGCAGCGACACUACACAUGAACAAGAUGGAGAGAGAGGAGAAUUUGGUGGUUGCAUUCUCAUACUUUGAUAAAGACGGUAGUGGUUAUAUAACCAUUGAUGAGCUUCAACAAGCCUGCACUGAGUUUGGUCUCUGUGACACUCCUCUUGAUGACAUGAUCAAGGAGAUUGAUCUUGACAAUGAUGGGAGGAUUGAUUUCUCGGAGUUUACUGCUAUGAUGAAGAAAGGAGAUGGAGUUGGAAGGAGCAGAACCAUGAUGAAAAACUUGAACUUCAAUAUAGCUGAUGCUUUUGGGGUUGAGGAAACCAGCACUGCUGAACCUGAUGUUAAACCAAACUAA